AUGGCUUUCUCCUACACGGUUUCCCGCGUCUUUAGACGCGCUUCGACGUUCUAUUUUCAAAAACGCCUAGAAACAACGGUCGCCAGUUUAACUAAGGACGAGAUUAUGGUUCUAUUGCGACCUCCUUUUUCAAAUUGGAGUAAUAUUAUACGCGAAGCAGAGAAAGUGGUCGGUUAUCCGACAUCCUUUAUGAAUCUGCGAUGUCUGCUAAGUGAUGAAUUCGCUAACUUGGCUCUCUAUCUACGGAAAUUGAUCGGCAGCAACCAGCUUGUGAUGCAAACAGCGAAGAACGUGCUGUAUGGGGACUGCAAGAAUCUCCAACCGUGGGGCCUCGUCAUUCUCCUGCUAUCAAAGUCCGUAAAAUCGUCGAGCACAAAUUCGAAGGCAAUAAAUCAACAACAAAGGGAGCUAGCUGAGCUGACGGAAAUGAUGCGGACUGGACAUCUUAUUCACCGCGGUAUAGUCAACGUACCUUUCGCAAAGCGAUCGAAAAGUACCGAAUCGGCGAUAUUCGGGAAUAAAAUUGCUAUUUUACUUGGGGAUUAUCUCCUCGUCACAGCAAACGCCAUGCUCGCUGGACUAAGAAACGCUGAUGUUCUUUAUAUAGUAUCGAGUGCUCUUAAAGAUUUAUCUGAGAGCGAAUUUUUUGGUGACAGAGACGAACAAAACAUGCCUUUACCUGGCAAACCUAAGUUAGCCAACGACGAUUUUAGUUUCACAUUUGAUACAACGUCAAUGACAGCAAAUAAUGUCUUGGGUAAGCCAAGAAAAGAAUGGACUGCACGAACUGUCUACAACGGCGUAAGUCUACUCGGUAGAGGAUGCCAAUCAGCAAUGGUCCUUGGUAAAGAGAGCCGCGAAAAUCAAAACUACGCCUACCAAUUCGGCUGCCAUGUUGGCCUGGCUUGGCAAGCUGCUGCUGAAUUACAGAACUUAACAUCAGAUAAUAAAGCGCAGUUUUGCUUGGCAAGCGCUCCUGUGUUAUUUGCAUUGGAAGGUAACCCGGAACUCUAUAAAAUAAUAGACCAAGCGAAAAAUAACGUAAACGAUGUCGAUUAUGAAGAUUUAAAGUUUAAUAUUCUAAAGACGGACGCCGUCGAUAAAACUAAGAUGCUUUACGAAGAUCACGCGACUAAAGCUAUGGCGUUAAUUGAUAACAUCGGGGACAACGAAUCUGUUGAUAUGAUAAAGAAAUUGAUAAAUACAUUUUAA